GGAAUCUUCCCGAUCUGGCAACCCGCCGCUCUGCUCUCAGCUAAAAUGGCGUCUCCGCUGUGGUGUCGGGUUGCGAGACUGUCGCGGAAUAUCGGUGUGUUUCCGCGGGCAGCGGCGUGUGAGAGCUCGGGCUCAGUGCGGACACAGUGCCGGGGGGCUGUCUGCACCUCCAGCGGCGCCAUCCUGCCCAAACCCAAGAAGACAGCAUUUGGCAUGUUAAGGAUCACCGUGGUCGUGGUGCCCUUCUUGUACAUCGGUACUCUGAUCAGUAAAAACUUCGCUGCUCUGCUGGAGGAGCACGACAUCUUCGUCCCUGAGGAUGAUGAUGAUGACGAUUAAACACACACUGAUGUGUAAGCCUGCGGUACUGCACCUGGACAGUGGAGAACAUUUCAGAUCCCACAGCACGUCUGGUUCAUCUCAAACAUUGUGUGUGUGUGUGUGUGUGUGUGUGUGUGUGUGUGUGUGUGUGUGUGUGUGUGUAAUGUAAACACCUCCUGCUGUCUGCAUGCACUGUAUAAAUAACAAUAAACCAAAACCCUGGAGGAAA